GAAGAUCAAACUUACCACGACAUAAGCGAAAACAACUAUUUGAUUCAUGGAGUAACUGAAAAUUUGAGUAAGAAAGAAGCUGGUGUACCAGACCACGAAGAAGAUUAUCCUUAUGAGGACGAUUAUGGAAAAAGCAAUGAAGAAGAUGACGGUGAAGACAAUACGGCAUCCUCAUCUGUUGGUGCGACUUACAACGUUUUCAUGCACUUUGACUUCAGCGGAUCUAAAGCGCCAACCAAGCUGGAAAAUCUGCUACAAAUACUUUUAGGAAGCGAGAAGGUUUAUGUUAAUUAA